AGGCAACUGGUGACGGCCCCGCCGGUGCCCCUGGCGAGGUUCGCGUGCCCAACGGAUGCCACCAGGAUGGCGGGAGCAUUGCUGUGACCGCUGCCAACCGGGCCCCGCGACCGGCCACCAGCAGAGCCGUCGGCGUGAGCGGGCGGGCAGGAUGGCCUCCGGCGCCCCGUGAGCGCUGGGGCCACGAGGCCAUGCUGCUGGGCCCCUGGCUGGUGGCGGCGGCGGUGGUGGCGGCGGCUGGCGCGGGCUGCCCGGUGCUGUGCAGCUGCCGCGGGCAGGCGGUGGACUGCAGUGGGCAGCGGCUCUUCUCCGUGCCCCCCGAGCUGCCGCUGGACACUGGGAACCUGAGCCUGGCGCACAACCACAUCACCAGCAUCCCGCCGGGGUACCUGGGCUGCUACGGGCAGCUGCGCGCCCUCGACCUGCGCAACAACUCGCUGGCGGCGCUGCCGGUCGGGCUGUUCCGCGGUGCCCGGCGCCUGGCGCACCUGGACCUCAGCUACAACAACUUCAGCCUGGUGCCCGCCGACAUGUUCCGCGAGGCCAGUGGACUCCUGCGCCUCGACCUCAGCCACAACCCGGGGCUGCGCCGCGUCCACCCCCAGGCCUUCCGCGGGCUGGCCCAGCUGCGCGAGCUUGACCUGAGCUACGGUGGGCUGGCAGCCAUCAGCCUUGAUGCCCUCGAGGGGCUGCCCGGGCUGGUGGGGCUGCGCCUGGGGGGCAACCCCUGGCUCUGCGGCUGCUCCAUGGAACCCCUCCUCAAGUGGCUGCGGGGCCGCAUCCAGCGCUGCGCCUCGGAUUCGCAGCAGGCCGAGUGCUGGGCCCCCCCUGAGGUGGCGGGGGCCCCCCUGCUCUCGCUGACGGAGGAGAGUUUCCAGGCCUGCCACCUCACGCUGACGCUGGACGACUAUCUCUUCAUCGCCUUCGUCGGCUUCGUCGUCUCCAUCGCCUCGGUGGCCACCAACUUCCUGCUGGGCAUCACGGCCAACUGCUGCCACCGCUGGAGCAAGGCCAGCGAGGAUGAGGAUGUCUAGGUACCACUGCCGCCUCCGCCACCGAUGGACCCCCGCCCUGGCCACCCCCCGACCCGGCCACCCCCGCAGGGACACCGGACUGUGCCUUGUCCUCGUCCCCUCCUGCCACCCCCUGCGCCAGGGUGGCCCUUGAGACACCGGGGACACCAGGGGACAGACCUGCUUCCUUUUGCCCUAAAAUGGGGAGGUUUUACCCCCCCGCCCCAUCACCGUGAGCUUGGACCCCCUCCUGUUCCCACUGCCCAGGACUGAUGGAGACAGUGGCUUGGGGGUCCCAAGGAAGCAACUCCCCAGCUCUGCCUGGGAGAGACCAGAACACCCCAGAAGCUGUGUGUGCCUGGGGAGGCUGAGGAAGUCCCUGCUUGCAGCCCCAAAGCAGCACUGCCGGAG